UGCCAGCUGCUGAAACUAUCACCAGCGCGGGAAUAACGUGCACAGCAUCCCACUACUGUUGGCGCGACUUGAGAUUAAUAGUGGGAAUUAGCGGUCGCUGUUUCACUACUGUCACCAAUUUGGUGUAGACAUUUUUGUUUUGAUAAAUCCCUUAUGCGACGCCGAGUUAUAUCAUAAAUAAUUGAUGCCUAAUAACAUAUAACGUUUUACUUUGAGAAAGUUUGUGUAAACUGAAGCUGACUUAAGGUACGUGGAUGAGUUAUAUAUAUUCACAGAGGUGUACGGACCACUAAGAGGUUCACCACAUGCUGGCUUUAACAGUCCAAGCAUGCCACAGACGAUUUGCUGAACUAACAACUCACAAGCCUGUGACAGUUUUGUUCCCUGGAUUUACCACUAGGGCUACACUGGGAACACACAUACAAGAUCUUUUUGUAAAGUGAUCCCGUGGUAUACCAUGCUUGGCCCAGACUAUAUCUCUACAAUUCAGGUGUGCUCGGAUUCCAUCGGUGUCUUGAGCUCCGGCGAUGAUGAUGCUAUCGCAGAAACUGCUGUGUGCUUUCUAUCAUAAAACUAUUGGAAUCAGGUCUUAAACCUUGGCUGGAACAACGUUUAGAUUUUUUUGUCAAUAAUAAGACAAAAUCAAUCAUGUUGGAACAUUUAAAAUCCAUAAAUCGCUUCCUAGACAUGUUCAGGAACAGAACAACGGAAUUCGACUUCUCCAAUACAACAUCUACGCCUUGGGCGGAACGUCAAUCUGGCGAUGUGUUUGAGAAACUGAUCCUGGGGUUUGCAUAUGGAAUUCUCAUCGUCAUUUCGUUUUUUGGGAACAGUAUUGUGUGUUAUGUGAUCCUGAGAAAUAGACGAAUGUACACGGUGACCAAUUUCUUCAUCGCUAACAUGGCCAUGUCGGAUCUCCUGUUGACACUCUUCAACGUCCCGUUCAACAUAGCCAAACAUCUUCUGGACAACUGGCCAUUCGGUGACGUUCUUUGUCACUUUGUGAAUUUCUCACUCAUGGUAUCUGUCUAUGUUUCGACCUUCACCUUGACUGCUAUUGCCCUUGACCGACAGAACGUGCUACUCAAACCUCUCCAACCGCGCAUGACCAAACAGAUGGGUCUGGUUGUCCUGGUGAUUAUCUGGUUGAUUGCAAUAUGUUUUUCCUUGCCGUAUGGUAUUUUCAAUAAAGUACAAAGCACGAGCAUGGUGAUCAAGAGGGUUGAUAGGUGUAGUCCACACUUUCCUGAACCACAAGAACUUUUUGCAAAGUAUUUGACCCUGAUCACCGUUGUAUUGCAGUAUAUAAUCCCACUAAGUAUUAUAUCGGUGGCGUACGGCCGGAUUGUGAUGAGGCUGUGGAAACGCGUACAGCUCGGAGCCGUGACACGGACACAGCAAAUGUCACAGGCAAGAGCGAAACGGAAAAGUAUCAAGCUACUGGUGACUGUUGUGGUAGUGUUUGCGCUCUGCUGGAUGCCUUUAAACUUGUAUCACAUAUUGACCAAGUUCCAUCCGGACGUUCGGACGUUUACCUAUGAUAGUACUACGUUUUUCGUGUUCCACUGGAUCGCCAUCAGCAGCACGUGUUACAACCCGUUCGUAUACUGCUGGCUUAACGAGAGCUUCCGAGCCGAAGUCAAGUCUUGCUUCAGUUGCUGCAAGAGAUCGCGACGAGUACAUCCGGGCAUUGAUGUAGACGGCAUGCUCAUCCGCCACGAUGCAUUCCGACGUUCAAAAACGAUAACAAGUGUGAUUCGGUCGAGUACCACUUUUAGUUCCAUUCGGAUAACUACCAAUACCAGCGUACACAGAGACUCGUAUCCGUUCUGUGUACGAGAUCAAACACCGCUGGUUAAUUCUCAGAAAUUUGUCUCAACGGAAUUUUCCAAUGUGAUGUGCGAGGACACCUCUAAUGGUUAAACAACUAGAAUCUUCAAUAUUCGGAACACAUCUGUCCCGCAGGUAAUAAUGUAUGCCUCGCGGUGACGCGAUGUGCCCAGUGUUUAGGACAAUUAAGCAAAACACCACCUUUCUGUGAAUGUUAACUCUUACAUAUCUAGAUAACAAUUAACUGGAUCAAUCAGUGGGAUUUAGAUAAUCUUAAUAUUCAAAUAUGUAUGUAUGUCAACUGGAGUUAACAGCUGAGCGAUUGGAACUUGAUACAACAAGUUAAGGCUAUUCCGGAUUCUUGAAAGUCAGCAGAGGCACCCAAAACCAUACAUGGCAUCAAUUUGAAAAGAAGGAUACAAUCAUUGGACGGUUGGACACAUAAACAUAUGCCUGAUUGAAACACUGGUCGGACGGGCAGACAGUCACGUUCCGUUAUGGACAAAGGAGUGGGUUCGAUCAUGUGAUCAUUUUUUAAAACUUUUGAAAAUGUGAAAGUAUUGAAUAUGACUUUGUUUAUAAUAUUUACAAUAUUUCUUGACGUUUUUUCUCUCUAUAUUUGACGAUAUUUGGUCGCACAAACAUUGAGGCCCUUCAGAAACGGUUGCUACGUGUCAAAAGUCUUAUUCGUGAGUAUUUCAGUGAAGUCCCACAGGGGCUUGUGAUCUUGUUAUAGUUCUAGAACUGCCUGCUAUCAUUUUAGUACACCUAAGCUUAUACAAUGUGAUUAUAUAAUGUAGUUAAGUUCUGUAUCUAACAACAACGACGAUGGAAAACGUACAAAAUAAAAAAGGCAUUUGAGUUUAUACAUAUAAUGCAUCCUAGCUAAAAUUGAUGAUCAAUCAACUUAAGCCAGAAAGAAUCAAAGAAGCCCCUGUGAUGAGUUACUAACUAAAUAACUCUUUUCUCCAUCACCCGGUGUAGAUAUUGAAUUUGACACGCUGACACAUAUAACAUUUUGCUUGCUGUCAUUGAACUUCCGCUAACACUGUAAGCCAGAUAUCCUGUGCACUUAGUCAUCCAAGUAUUCUUCUGUGAAAAUGUUCAACACGAGACCCACAUGUUCAGUUUCUUUAACGAAUAUUCACUUUUAACAUAUAUUGACGUGGUUUUUACCUAUUUUAUUUUUCAAAUGUGAAAAACAAAAAUUGAAAAUCAACUAAAUGAAAAUUCAUAUAUUAUAGAUAGUGAAUGGCUACUUACAGAGACUGGCUGAUUGGGUUAAUUAACGCUAAACAAGAUAGAACAGAGAUAUCUCCUUGAUUCACUCGGAAUUAUUGUCUGUUUUUGUUUUGUUUAUGUGAUGUCAACAUUGGUGACUGUAAUCAUUAUUCUAAAGCUGAGACACGCACGAUUUAUACCACUUUAUGAUAACACGUCAAUGAUUAAUACAGGGACGUUUUUUAUGAUAGGCAUGUGAUAGUCACGUGGUCAUGUUUGGUGUUGUCUGGUUAUAUGUAACGUUAAUCUUAUUUUGACAGAACGCACGAUAUUAGUUUCAAUUCGUGAAGAAGCCAACGUACUGAGGUCUCCCCAGUUUAGGCUGGUUUGGUCUAUACUGGUGCUACUGUAGGCGGUACAUAGCUACACUGGUUGUAUAUACAGAUUCGUAUGCCUCACUAUCGUUUACUAUCUCAUUUGUGUCGAUGUAUCUUUUGAGAAUUUUCUAGUUACGAACAUAGGGACAUGCUAAUUUGUAACAGCUAUAUUUGGACCUUAACUGAGGUGUUAAAGACCAACAUCACACGUUUUAGGGUUUCAAUAUCGGUAAAAACACAACCCCCCCACUGACGUUCGUAUAUAUCGUCGUCGUCAAUGGGGAGUGGCGUUUUCACCUUAAGUUAGUUAUAAACCCCUCAGACGUGUGAUGUUAUUCUAAACAGCCCAGUUUUGGUCAAAAUAUAUCUGUAUCAAAGUCUCAGGUUCCGGUUGUGUCGAGUAUUAUUACUGUUUAUAUAAUUCCCGGUUGUCCGGACAACAUGCUGUCCUGUUAGUAGUCCGAAAUAACUGGCAAUCUCCUUUUAUUUUUGAAAAAGAGACACUCAGUUAUUUCGGCCUAUCCUGUCGGCUGUCGAUGACAAUGUGUCUUUACAUGUACACAGCUUAUGUAAUUCAUCAAUCAUCGAUAUUACCAUUUAAAUAGUAUUUAAAAUAAGUAUGUACUUGCCCUCCCCCGGUUUUCAGUACAAUGUGUGUAACCAAUUUUAUGUUAUCGUAAAAAUGUUGUUGUUUUUAUGUUAAAGAACAGGUUUCCAUAUUUAAGACAAGAUGAAAAUUUAAUUAAAACCAGUUUGCUCAAUGUAGAAAACGUGGAGAAUUUCCUGUUAGUAAUCAACUAUAACAAUUACCAAUUACGUUAAUUAGGAAACAAAGUCAUCCUAAUUACACUGUUUUGACUUUGGAAGAUAGGAAAAUGAAACAAAAACAUUAAUUAUAAAAUAUAUGGAAGCAGCACGAUUUUCAAAGGCACUUUCAUUCAAAGCUCUUAAAAGACGGAUGUCUUGGCUACACAAACCUUUCACAAAUUACCAUCGUACAUCAGUGUAAUCAGGUGACUCCUAGACCUAUCUUUUACAUACACAAUAUGUAAGGUAAAGAAAAUACAGCAUUUCUUAAUGUAGCAAAUAUUAUUAAAAAGUUAUCAUAUUUUGACGGUUUUAUUUGUACGUCACAAGGUUCCAGUUUGGGUAAUAGCGAACAGGUUUGUUGGAGAUAACCAAGCUUUAAAACAAAACACCCCUGGAAGGUUGGUUCAGAAACCACCUUAUACUUGCGGCCUUAAUAUAUAUAUAUCAGUAGAUCAUAAUUAAUCUAACUCCAAAUGAAUUUUACAGUUUAGUUUUUGGCACGUGUCCUGUUUAUGGACGUCAAGACUCCUUUGUAUAUUCAUCAAUAAACAUUAUUCAAGUUGACAAUACUUGUUUAAUUCCUGAUAUGCUUAAUGUAUAUGUAUCUGGUAAUACAUAAAGUUCAGUAUGAAAAUUGAUAUAAAAAAACAUGAUAUGAUUUCUUAUUGUUUAACACCAAAUUACCCCAAAAUAUUCAAAAUUGAAAGACAUUUAGAAUUUGCUUAACAAAAUAUUGUGUUGAAACAGAUAUCGAAUUUCGUUAUCAUAUCUUACACAUUUAGAUACGAAUACCUACCAUAUUGUGCUAAUUUAACUACACUUAGCUCCACAUCUGACCACUAAUCCAUAAACAUAUGCUGAACACAGGCCAUUGUGGUGACGGUGUUCUGUGUACCUUUUUCAAACCAAAGGUCAAUUUAAAAAUAAAGAAGAUAUUUUUGUAAUUUUGCAGCAAAGAACAGUUUCACAUAAAAUAUCCUUUGUAAAUAUAUGUGUUUCACCGAAAUAAAAUACACAAUUCUGAUAUAGACGUUGGUUUGUUUUGUUUUUAUUGUACACUAAGCUAAUCUGAGAUUGAAGACUUAAUAAAACAUAAUUCAGGUAGUCGUUUUUAAACUUUUAUCUUCGUAC